CGGAGGCGGCGCGCGGGGCCAUAUUCGGCGCGCGGCGGCGCAGGCGGUCAGGCCAGGAUGCGCUUGGCAUUGUCCUGCAGUGGCAGAAGCAGCAGCAAUCGCUGCGGCACCCACACCGCCGCUGCCCUCUUGCCGCAAUAGCGCCUGCCCUUCCCCUCCUUGCUUCAGUCCUUCCUUCCCCUUCCGCCUUGGCUUCCUCCUCCUCCUGCUCCUCUCACCAUGGCGGCCCCCAGCAACAUCGUGUCCGUCAUGGCGAGCAAGACCAAGACCAAGAAGAAGCACUUCGUGGCCCAGAAAGUCAAGCUCUUCCGGGCCAGCGACCCGCUCCUCAGCGUCCUCAUGUGGGGGGUGAACCACUCGAUCAAUGAACUGAGCCACGUUCAAAUACCUGUUAUGUUGAUGCCAGAUGACUUCAAAGCAUAUUCAAAGAUAAAAGUGGACAAUCACCUUUUCAACAAAGAAAAUAUGCCAAGCCAUUUCAAAUUCAAAGAAUAUUGUCCUAUGGUUUUUCGUAAUCUGCGUGAGAGAUUUGGAAUUGAUGAUCAGGACUUCCAGAAUUCUCUGACAAGAAGUUGCCCUCUUGCUAAUGAUUCUCAAGCACGGAGUGGGGCCCGAUUCCAUACCUCUUACGACAAAAGAUAUGUCAUCAAAACGAUAACUAGUGAAGAUGUAGCAGAAAUGCACAAUAUACUGAAGAAGUACCACCAGUUUAUAGUGGAGUGUCAUGGCAACACACUACUACCGCAGUUUUUGGGCAUGUACCGACUUACCGUUGAUGGAGUUGAAGUAUACAUGAUUGUCACAAGAAAUGUAUUCAGCCAUCGUUUGUCUGUUUAUAGAAAAUAUGACUUAAAGGGCUCUACGGUAGCGAGAGAAGCCAGCGACAAAGAAAAGGCCAAAGAACUGCCAACAUUCAAAGACAAUGAUUUUAUCAAGAAUGGUCAAAAGAUUUUUAUUGAUGAAGCCAACAAAAAGAUGUUCCUUGAAAAGCUUAAAAAGGAUGUGGAGUUCCUUGCUCAAUUAAAACUCAUGGACUACAGCUUGUUGGUUGGGAUUCACGAUGUUGAGAGAGCGGAACAGGAAGAAGUAGAAUGUGAAGAGAACGAGGAGGAUGAAGGAGAAAGUGACGGGACUCACCCAGUCGGAACACCUCCUGAUAGUCCAGGAAAUACACUGAACAGCUUGCAGCCUUUAGCUCCUGGGGAAUUUGAUCCAACCAUUGAUGUUUAUGGAAUAAAAUGUCAUGACAAUGCGCCUAGAAAGGAGGUAUACUUUAUGGCCAUCAUUGACAUUCUUACCCAUUAUGAUGCAAAAAAGAAAGCUGCACAUGCUGCAAAAACAGUCAAACAUGGCGCCGGUGCGGAAAUUUCAACAGUUAACCCCGAACAGUAUUCAAAGCGGUUCUUGGACUUUAUUGCCAACAUUUUGACGUAACCUAAUGUUCCAUUGGACAGAUACGAGGUCUGGGAACAGCAGCAAUGGCUACCAGUGUGUAAGGGAUAAAAGCUUCUUUUAAAAGGAACUCUCAAGUGCUAUCUUGCAGAAGGCAGCCCCCUUGUUUACAUCUGCUGGCAAAGAUGACUGACUGGGGUGAAAUAUUCGCUUUUAAACAGCUGCCUGAUUAUGCCCAGCAUAGUUCUAGCUAUUUCCGAUGCGCGCACGUGUGUGUGUGUGAGUGUGUGUGCGUGUAUGAGUGUGCAAAAACAAAUAUAAAUUAACUAAUAUUAACUAAAAUAGUUCAGCUUCUUACUCGGUGUGCAUUGCAAGAACAACACUCCGUGGAUACUAGCUGAGAUGGAACGAAUGGACAAAGGAGUUGGGGUGGGAGGGAGGGAAGGGAAGGGAGGAAUACGUGCAUGUUAAGCUCAACAACAACAGCGUUGGUAUCAAAGUUAAACUGUGGAUCAGUUUAUUUUUUGAGCCAAGAGGUGCAACACAGUAUUGGUGGUGAUGACGACUCUGACCUUUCUGCACAGGUUACACUUAACAAUCCUGCAUGCUGACUCUCCUUAAGAAUAGCUCCAUGUGUUGGAAGCGUUCCUGUUGGCAACACUUAGAUUUUAAUUUUAUUAAAUUGGCCUAUCGCAACAGGAAACAGUCUUCCAGGAAUUGAGAGGUUUUGGCUCUAGUUUUACUACAGUCUAAAUGCCAUAAUCAUGCUGGGUUUUCUUUGCCAAGGGUAAACAUAUUCUGGGGGUGGGAGCUGGAAAAAAAGGAGGUUUCACUGUUUUAGUACAUGAAGAUUUCACACAGUAUGUUUAUCAUAUAGGAACUAACUCUGCUACAGAGGAAAUCAGAUGGGUUUUUAGGAGAAAUGCAUUGUUUUGGGCAAUAAUAGUGUUUUCCACCUCACGAACAAAGGAAUAGGAAAGUCUGUUCACUUCUGAUUGAUCAAAAACCGAGAAAAAAAGUUUUAAAUGCUUACAUGUGCUGUUUUUAAUAUUCUAUUAAAGUACUCCUUUUUUAAGCCCUAAACUUUACUGUUUACAUUACUAGGAAGACAGGGAUGCUUUUGAGAGGCUGUGUGCAGUAUGUGAAUCUGAAGUUUACAUGUAAAGUUAUUUUGCAGUACAAGAUGAAGUAAUAUCUUGAGAUGUAAUAUGCAGUAAUGUACCCAGGUGGAUGCUUCACUCACUUCCAUGAUAGAUUUUGCAAUUAAUGAUGGCCGAUUGUUUGAGGAAUUGUUUUAGAAGUGGCAUUUUUAUUACUUCAGUGGUAAUAAUCAGCUUUGUCUUUUCUCCAAAUCAUGAUGUUUGGUUGCUUAAAGGUUUGCCGUCCCUUGUUAACCUGUUUUCAAUACUCUGACCUUGGGAAAAGUUCCAAACUUCAGUAAAGACCUAAUUAGAGAUAUAUGGUUAAAAUUAUGUUCUCUACUUACUUACACACUGUGCUAAAAUUGUGCCUUUUUGUCAUUCUUUGUUGAAACAGACAUUCGUGGGCAACUCAUAACAACGAAAACUCCCCUCUCCCACUGCAACCUAAAGCUUUUCCCAAGAGUGCCAGGUUGCCUUCUCUUGUAACACAAUGCCAGGACUGUUCAGACUCUAGCUGUGUAUAAUGCAUUGACUUUAGCAAAUUCUGAUGAAACAGCAGUUAAUACCACCCUUGUUGUUAAGUUGGUUUUUUAAAAAAAGAUUUAACGUAUCUAAGUGGGUUUUAUUUUCUCACCAAAGAUGAGAAAUUUUAAGGGUUUAAUUAAUUAGAGGGUGCCCUGGUGGCACAGUGGGUUAAACCGCUGAGCUGCUGAACUUGCUGACCAAAAGGUUGGCAGUUUGAAUCUGGGGAGCAGGGUGAGUUUCCACUGUUAGCCCCAGCUUCUGCCAACAUAGCAGUUCGAAAACAUGCAAGUAUGAGUAAUAGGUACCACUUCCGCGGGAAGGUAGCGGCACUACAUGCAGACAUGCUGGUCACAUGACCUAAGCUCUUCGGCUUAGAAAUGGAGAUGAGCACCAUCCUCCAGAGUCGGACACAACUAGACUUAAUGUCAGGGGAAACUUUUACUACUUCAUAGAAUCAUAGGAUCAUAGAGUUGGAAGAGACCUCAUGGGUCAUCCAGUCCAAACCCCUGCUAAGAAGAAGGAAAAUUGAAUUCAAAGCACCCCUGACAGAUGGCCAUCCAGCCUCUGUUUAAAAGCUUCCAAAGAAGGAGCCUCCACCACACUCCGGGGCAGAGAGUUCCACUGCUGAACGGCUCUCACAGUCAGGAAGUUCUUCCUAAUGUUCAGAUGGAAUCUCCUCUCUUGUAGUUUGAAGCCAUUGUUCCACAUCCUACUCUCCAGGGAAGCAGAAAACAAGCUUGCUCCCUCCUCCCUAUGACUUCCUCUCAUGUAUUUAUACAUGGCUAUCAUGUUUCCUCAGCCUUCACUUCUUCAGGCUAAACAUGCCCAGCACUUUAAGUCGCUCCUCAUAGGGCUUGUUCUCUAGACCCUUGAUCAUUUCAGUCACCCUCCUCUGGACACAUUCCAGCUUGUCAAUAUCUCUCUUCAAUUGUGGUGUCCAGAAUUGGACACAAUAUUCCAGGUGUGGUCUAACCAGUGCAGAAUAGAGGGGUAGCAUGACUUCCCUGGAUCUAGAAAGUUAUAGUCCUAUUUAUGCAGGUCAAAAUCCCAUUGGCUUUAGGAAUUGUGGGAGUUGAAGUCCAAAACACCUGGAGGGCCGAAGUUUGCCCAUGCCUGGUAUAGACAGUACUGCGCAAGACAGACUAAUGUCUAACCUUGUGCAAGACAGCUUUCUCUGUUUUCCUCAUCCGUAGCUCUUCUGUUGCUACCUCUCAUUCACUUCUGCAGCCCUGGCUCACUUCCCAGCCAGCUAUACAUCAUUCAUGAUUGUGUGAGAGAAGAAGCGUCGGCCACAUUAGGUUCCCACCAACUUGUUCUCCUUCCUCCUUGAUAUGUUUAUAAACGUCCAGAAUUGCUCGAUGACUGUGUUGCGCAGUGAUCAUGCGGCCCCACUAUUUUUUAAUGUUAUGUCAACUAUUUUGAAUGUGGGUGGCAUUUUAAUUUCUUUCAGGGAUUAGCUUUCUUCCACAAUUAAGAAUAGCUGUAGCUUCUAUCCUAAGGUCCAUUAUGGAACAUGAUACCCAAAAUUGUACUCAUCAAUUUGGAUAUGUUACAGAAAUGACACAUGUCAAAGUAACUCAAGGAAGAUCUGUCAAUCAUCAUUUUACAGUUCCUUGUUGAAUUACACUACAUUUGUAUACGUGUACUCUUCCCACAUAUAGACAUUCAGCAAAUGUUUUUGUUUUUUCUUAACCUGAAUAUCUUCUCAAAUGCACCCCACACUUUUGUGAAGGAGGCCACACUGGAUGUUUGUAGACCUUCAUCUGUGUUUCAGCCAAUGUGUCUCAGAAAGAUGCUUCACCAAUUAUAUUUCCAUCUCAUUUCCCAUUUGAGCUGGUACAAUUUGAUAUAUUGUAUACUGUAUCCUUCCCUGGGCUGUCACCACAAAUUCUACCAUCUGUGAUUAUCAAGAAUAUAAAUUAACUUCAUAAUAGACAUCCUUAAUUUCUAAUGUUUCACUAAAUGUGUUGCUUCACCUCUAAUGUUAGUCCACAUAAUAGAUUCUCUCAGUUGUAAUCAUAUAUUGAAUAUGUGUUGUUGAAGGCUUUCAUGGCCAGAAUCACUAGGUUGCUAUGAGUUUUCCGGACUGUAUGGCCAUGUUCCAGAAACACUCUCUCCUGACAUUUCACCCACAUCUAUGGAGCCCCCGGUGGCGCUGAGGGUUAAACCCCUGAGCCGGCAGGACUGAAGACCGACAGGUCGCAGGUUCUAAUCCGGAGAGAGGCGGAGUUCCCUCUGUCAGCUCCAGCUCCUCAUGCAGGGACAUGAGAGAAGCCUCCCACAAGGAUGAUAAAAACAUCAAAUCAUCUGGGCGUCCCCUGAGCAACGUCCUUGCAGACGGCCAAUUCUCUCACACCAGAAGCGACUUGCAGUUUCUCAGGUCACUCCUGACACGACAAAAAAAACAAAACAAAAAACCCACAUCUAUGACAGGCAGAGGUUGUGAGGUAUAUUGGAAACUAAGCAAAGGAGGUUUAUAGAUUUGUAGAAGGUCUAGGGUGGGUGAAAGAACUCUUGUCUGCUGGAGGCAAAUGUGAAUGUUGCAAUUAAUCACCUUGAUUAGCAUUGCAAAGCCUUGCAGCUUCAAGGCCUGGCUGAUUCCUGCCUCUAAUUUUAGAGUUUUAGAGUUACUGUCCUAAAAUUAGGACAGUAAAUAAAGACUAACUGGAAUUCCAGACAUGAAACAAUCAGAGCCAGCUAACAUCGCCCAACAAAGGAUUCCCCCAGGAAGGAAUAUACCUCACAACCUCUGAGGAUGCCUACCAUAGAUGUGGGAGAAAAAUCAGGAGAGAAAGCUUCUGGAAAAUGGCCAGACAGCCCGGAAAACUCACAGCAA